AUGGUACGGCAUUUGCCGCGGGGCCUGCUCACACGCACUUCUAUCCGCCGUAACCCAAAUGGGGGACCAGGCGUGGAAGUACAGAUAGACGAGACGCUCAUAAGUCGCCGCAAGUAUAACAGGGGACGACCGCGGCGGCAGUUGUGGGUCGUCGGUAUGUACGAUACACGCAGGCGGAAAGCCCUAUUUGAGCAGAUUGACAACCGCAGCUGGGAGGCCCUAAGGCCCGUCAUAAGGAAGUGGGUGGCUGCUGGCAGUGUUAUCGUAACCGAUGAGUGGAAGGGUUGCACCCACCUACCGUCGGAACGUUAUAAGCACUACACUGUCGACCACCGUAGGGGCUUCGUGAAUCCCACAACAGGACGGCAUACGAACGCCAUAGAGGCCUACUGGAGCAGGUUAAAGAAGAAGAUGCAGGAGUAUGGACCUGGCUGUAACAGAACAGUGUGGGCCCAACUAGAUGAGGUUCAGUACCGCCUCUGGUUUGACAUAAGGAACGACAACAUGGCAGCCUCCUGGGAAACCUUCCUACGACAUUGGGCAGAAGCGUAUCCAAUUGAAGAGAGCCAACCAACGGUGACUGGAUAA